AUGUCAGGAAGGAAAGAUAAUUGGGGGUGGAUUGGGGGGAAGAAUACCAGCUUCAGUGUAAAAGGCGUGAAAGAUUGGCUAAGGGGCGGAAUAAAUAGUAACAACAGGUUCGUGUUUUCUUGGUUUAAAUGGGCUCCUAAAAAAUGUAAUAUCCUUAUGUGGAGGAUUGGCUUGGAACGUAUUCCUACUAUGCUUGCUCUUAGAGACAGAAAGUGCCGCUUUAAUUCGCUUCUUUGUGCCUUGUGUGAGAAGGAGGAGGAGGAGGACGUCAAUCACCUUUUCUGUUAUUGUGAAGUUAGUAUGGAAAUUUGGCAGAAGGUUUCAUCUUGGUGUGGCAUCCAACCUAUAUUCUUGUUCACCGUUAAAGACCUGUUCGAAGUGCACUCUAAUGCUAGGUUGGAGAAAAGAUCGGCUUCAGGAUUACAAGGUAUUAUCUUCACCACUUGUUGGUGCUUAUGGUUGGCUCGGAAUGAGAAGAAGUUUGAUAAUGGGAAGGUCCACGUCGAGAAGAUUUUUCAAGAUGUGAAGACUUUAGGUUUUUUAUGGUAUAGGAAUAGAACCAAGUUUUAUUCAAUUACGUGGGACGAUUGGUGUAAUUUCAAGUUGAUGUAA